GUAACAAAACAAAAGACUCGACUCGGCUCGGCAGUUGUAGCAUAGUUCAGAGAAGGUUUGGAGAAGCUGACAAUUAAUGCUUUAAUACACGACCAGGAGAGUUGCCUAAAAUCCAAACCACCACUUAUGCGGUGGACCACACUGCUAAUCAAAGAAAAUAAAUAGGAAAAGAAAACUACAUUUUAUUUCAUGAAAUAUUUUUGGAAAAAUCAGAACGGAGGGGAUUUACGUGGGAACGAACACAGACGCUCAUAUCAGACUUUGCGUUGAACAUUUUGUGGCUUUCAGACGUUCUUUUAGGAGUGUAGGUUAUAUGCAACUCCAUACAUUUUGGAGAGGAGGUUGGUGUUGUCGUAAAAGCACGCAACAAUCUGUCGUGUCGCUGAGGACGACUGAUAAAUGGAAAAAUACAAAAGCUAGCUAGUUUGCUUGGAAUACUUGAUGUUGGAAUUGUGCACUUUGCACAGCUGAGGAACAGAUCAAGGCUUUAAGUGAUCUCAGUCACUGAAUUGCAGUCGGUGGUUGAACAGGAGAAAUAUGAAAUGCAAUAAAAGACAUUGAAAGAAACCUCGCUAUCACUGGGACCGUGGCACCUCAUGCGUGGACCACAACAUACUACUUGUGAAUGAGAAAGAAAGCUGUUGUGGAGAAAUUAUUUUCUCCACCUCCGUCCGUAAAGGAGAGAAUUAUUUUUGCGUGUCUAUUUCUCUUGUGGUGUCUGUGUGGAGCGUGCCACACACCCACUCCAGAACAACGACGGCUUUUGCUUGCAUCUUCCAGUGUUUCUUCUGUCAGCAAGUCCAGCAGAGUUGCAACUCUUCCAGCGCCAGCCCGGAGCCCAGCGAGGAGCAGCCCGACAGUGAGAUGGUGAAGAUGACAAAGUCCAAGACGUUCCAGGCCUACCUGCCCAACUGUCACCGGACCUACAGCUGCAUCCACUGCAGGGCCCAUCUGGCCAACCACGAUGAGCUCAUCUCCAAGUCAUUCCAAGGCAGUCAAGGCCGAGCCUACCUCUUUAACUCUGUUGUGAACGUGGGCUGUGGGCCGGCAGAGGAGCGGGUCCUUCUCACAGGUUUACAUGCCGUUGCGGACAUCUACUGUGAAAACUGCAAAACCACUCUAGGCUGGAAAUACGAGCAUGCCUUUGAGAGCAGUCAAAAGUACAAAGAAGGCAAGUUCAUCAUUGAACUGGCACACAUGAUCAAGGACAACGGAUGGGAGUGACCCCUGGGAACCCUUAGCCCUUUUGUGACCUUUCGUCGCUCCGUCUGGGACUUCACGGAGCAUCCCCGGGGUGUUGGGGGGAGGACGUCUCCCUUGGCUCAUUGCAAAACUCACAACGAAAGAUUAAAAAAAAAAAACAAAACAAACUUAUAACAAAAGAAGCGAUCCUGACAACACCGAGAGACGCUCGUUACUUCAUCAAUGUUAAUGUCUUCUUUUGGCUCUGGCAGGCCCCAUUACUUUGACCCCUCCCUGCUGCAGGUUUGGUGUACUCCUAUUAUGUGUGAACCACUAUUUAAAAGGAAAAAAACAAACUAUUAUUCAGAAGACACCUUUUUUCUUUUUUCUUUUUAAUGAGUAGGGGAAAGUGGGGGGAGGGGGGUUGUUCCAUUUUCUUGUGCGAGAUAAUUUUACCCGAUGGAAGACUGAUGUUACUGGUUAGCAUUUUUCUCUCGUCUGUCCCUCUUACCUGUUGCUGUGCAUGCUUUUUUUGCAGUGUAAUGAUGGGGAGCUGGCAGGGGGGUUGGGGAGGGCUGUGUAGUGAGGUAGAGGAGCGUACUAUGUAGCAGCGUCUCGUGUUUUUAAACGAUGGGGAGGGGGUUGCAGUGGCGUGGUAUUUUGUACUCAUGAGAUCCCCCCGUGUACUGUCUAUUUUAAUGUGUACCUGUUUUGUUUCUUUGUUUUUUUUUUUCUUCAUUUUUUUUUUUUUGUUGUUGUCGAUGUUCUUCUGAUGACUUCACUGUGCAAUCUGUGGGACACCUGGUACUACACCUUACAGCACGCAGAAGCAUUGGUUUGUGAACAGCUGCCGGUGCUUCCUCAAUGUACAACCGUAUUGUUUUAAAUGGCAUUUGUGGCUGGUCCCAUUUUGCAGCAGUACUAAAUAUAAACAAAGCGAAAUGAAUGCACUGGACAGUAGGGGAAACUGGCGUUAACGUAAAAUGUAGCGUAAACCAUGUUUGUUUUUCCCUGUCGUUGCGCAUCCAUCACAUAGUAUAUACAAUAACAU